UGCUGUGGUUUCACUCUGAGUGUGGUUGUCAGAAGCAGGAUGUGUGUAUGUGCCUCCCUCUGUACCUAUAGUCCCACGCCAGACCUGCCUUGGCUGCCUUCACUGCCACGACUCCCCCGCCUUUUGUCAGUACUCACAGAACGAAGCCCAACAUCAUGGCUGACAACACUGACAUCUCUUACAGCACGCAGGAGCACAUCACUCGGCUGCUGAAGCCCCAGAGCAUCCGACUCAUGCGCCUGGUACAGCUGACCCAGCCCAAGGGCAGGGCAGAGACACGGCUUCUGGUGACAACUCUAUGGAGAGCUUAUAUUUUCCUCAACAAACAACCUGUCAGGGUGGAAAGCUCCUUCAGCUUUUUAGAAAUCUAUGCCAUCAACAUUGAGCGCAUCAAUCAGAUAUUGAUUGAGACCGACAGGCAGGCCUACCAUCUCACUUUGGCAUCUGUUGAAGACCUUGUAGCUAUGGUCAGUCAUGUGACAGCAUCUCUGAAAAAGAUCUUCCCUGAUUCGGCUCCAGGGAAGAUCCUGAAGAUUCCUCCAGACCUUCAGGAGCAUCUGCUGAACCUAGAAAACGGUGUGGAGGAGAACUUGACUGACAUCCUGGGACCAUGUGGUGGCUUCUCAGAGGCAUAUGCUGCUCUGUGUGACUUUAAUGAAUUUCCCUGCAGAGAAGAGGUCCAGUGGGAUGUAGAUAAUAUCUACUUUGCUCGGCACUGUCGAGAAUUCAGCCUACUGGACUUCUGUCAUUUGGAAAACAGAGAUUUGGCAUUAUCAGUGGCUGCCCUCUCCUUCAACCAGUGGUUCACUAAAAUCUCCUGUAAAGACCUGAAACUGAGCUCAGAGAUCCAGGAACAGAUUAUCUUCAUGAUCAACAGAUCCUCCACCCUGGAGGAGGUAUGUCUUGAGGCAAGUGGGCUCAAACUUGAUUUUGCCGUGAAGAUGGCUUGUGCCCUGCGAGAUCACAACUGCUCCAACAUACACACCAUCAACCUGUCAGCUAAUAACAUAGAGGACAAAGGUGUGGUAGCACUCAGUGAGGAACUGGCCAAUCUGCCUCAUGGUCUCACCCAGCUGUCCCUCUCCAGAAUAGGUGUCUCUCCCAAAGGAUUGGGUUUUAUGACUCAUGCCUUCUCUCACAACCAGGCAUUCUCCAGCUCGCUGUGUCACUUGGACCUGUCAGGGAAUGCGGGCAGUCUGGCCACAGAGGAGGCUGUGAACCUGUUCAAGUUCUUGUCUGGAACUAAUGCUGUGUCUUACCUGGACUUGACUGGCACGGACUGCCCCCUUGAUGCUCUGUUCGUUUCUCUAUCAGUAGGCUGUUGUUCCAGUCUGACCCAUCUCAACAUGUCCAGGAACCCCUUCUCACACAGGAAGGUGAGGGAUGUGACGAGGACUGUGAAAGACUUCUUUAGUAAGAGCUCUAAACUCAAAUAUGUGGGACUGGCAGGAACUAAAUUCCCUCCAGAGGCUCUCAGGUAUUUGUUGCAGGGUCUGGCCACAAAUACUCAGCUGAAUAAACUGGAGCUAGACCUGAGUAGCUGUGAGCUGAGGUCUGCCGGAGCCCAGGUUAUUCAGGAGCACAUCUUUGAAGCCAAGGCCAUCAGUAGUCUGGACCUGUCUGACAAUGGUUUGGAAAGUGACAUGGUCACUUUGGUGCUUUCCAUCGGCCGCAGUCACUCCAUUCGGCAUCUAGCGUUGGGACGCAACUUUGCCAUGAAGUCCAGAGCUCUAACAGACGUCUUACAGCGUAUUGUCCAGCUUAUUCAGGAGGAGGAAUGUCCCUUGGAAUCUCUGUCAGUGUGUGAUUCCAAGCUAAAGACGGGCACCACCAUACUCAUCAACAGCCUGGCGAGCAACGCCAGCCUGAGAAAGAUAGAUAUCAGCGGUAACUGUAUUGGAGACAUCGGAGCCAAGAUGCUGGCCAAGGCCUUACUCAUCAACACUAAGCUCAGGACGCUGGUCUGGGACAGGAACAACGUGACAGCCAAGGGGUUUCUGGAUGUGGCCAACGCUCUGGAGCGGAACCUCACCCUGCAGCACAUGUCCAUCCCCCUGAGCGACAUCACGCAAGGGUAUCGUAACAGUCCUGAGAAGACAGAUGAGGCUCUGCAGAAGAUCCAGGCAUGUCUUCUCAGGAACAAUAAGGGACAGACAGGAGGCCCGGACCAGAUGCUACUUCACCAUCAGGGACAGAAUACUACCCGCUCUAAUCAGGUCCAGUCUCUGUGUCAGAAGUUACAAGAAAGCAUCCAAUCUUUAAUCAUAAAUAAUGUACCGGAAGUGAAGACAGACAUCUUGGCUGCAAAAGAAGUGCAUUUUAAUGCCAAGACCUCCAUUAUGCUGCAGCCUUCACUAAAGGAACUGGGGAUGACACCCUCUAGUGGCGAGGAGCUGCAAAAUAUAUUGAAAGACACUACCAGAACAAUCACCGACCAAAUCACAGAGGAGAUUCAGGAGCUGGCUCAGAGCCUGUUGCAGAUGGCACAGAGUCAAUGUCCCAGGGUCACGCACAGGACCAGCGUCUGUGAGCAGCUGGCUAGCUGUGUGUCUAAUAAGACCAGACUGACAGCCCUCUUCGUUGAGGACACCAUGAAGCAGACAGGAGACGUUAUCAGCAACAAAAUUAGUGAACUUAAACAGUCACUCAGUGAAUCCUUGAUAGGCAUUCUCACUGAUGAGGUUUCACGGGACCUGUCUAUGGCCCAGCAGAAAUUGGACCAUCAUUUGAGAGAGCAGACGAACUCUGGACACAAAACCAACGUUCCUCAGCUACGUGUUGUCAACCAUGACUUCCCCAUCGACGACUACGUUCCUGUCAUUUGGAGGAGCAGUUUUCACUCCAAGAGCAUCCGUCCAGCCCCCUCAGUGAACAGUCUCCUGGACGGGGACGGUGAGCAGCAGGCGAGAGAGAGCAUGCAUCAUCAGCAGGAAGGAGCAGGGGGAGGAGGGGGCGUCUCGGGGGACGGAGGGAGGGGGCGGGCGCUGUCGUCGGCGUCAACGCUGUCAGUCACAGUAGCGGGCCAGCUGAAGCCCGAUGGCCCCGCCCACGCUGGCCCCGCCCACACGGGGAGGAAGACGGAUGCUGCCGUUGCUCCUGCUGCCGCUGCGGCUCUUAGCAACAGUGAGCCCCGGCGCCCGGAGCCCGCACCUCCUCAGCCCCCUAUGGACCUCCCCAUCGAAGGACACACACUGAGGCACUACACCCGCUCCAGGCCCAGACCCGUCCGCAGGAACAACAAGCAGCCCAGCAAGCCCCAGGUGAAGGGAGCUGAAAGUGAAGGGAAUGAAGCCAACGAGAGCAUGGGCAGAGUGGAUGAGGGAGUAGAGGAGUUCUUCACCAAGAAGAUCAUCCCGGAUGACCCGCUAAAAGAGAAGAGGGAGGAGAUCCCUGACAAAGCACAACCCACAGAGUCCACCUCCACCUCCCUUGCCCCUCCCAGCACGUCUGCCCCGCCCUCCUCCACCACCACCACCACCUCUAUCACCUCCUUCUCCUCCGCGACUGUAACCACCACCACCACCACCACCCUCCCUUCCUCCAAAAACAUCAAGAAGAAGUUCGGGGACUUCUUCGCCUUCAAGAAAGGUCGUGCCGGCCGGGUGGCGAAGGGAGAGGGUGGGCUGGAGAGCAAGGUUAAAAAGACCUCCAUCGCAGAUCUAAUCAGGCCACUCAGGGAGGCAAAGGAGCGGGAGAAAGAGAGGGAGAGGGAGAAAGAGAGGGGGAGGUUGGAAGAGCAGUGUGGUGCUAUGGCCACCAGUGUUAAUGAUUCUGAUGCCACCGCGACAGCAAGAGCAGCAGAGGACAACAACAUGGCGCCCGCCGCUCCCUCUGACGUCCCCACAGCCCCCGCCUCCCUGCCAACCAGCGCCCGCACCCGAGAGGAGGUGACCCCCGUAUCCCCCAGCGCUCUGACCCCCAGCCCAGUCAUCAGCCCCGUUGCAGGGUUCCUGGCUGAAAGGGAGAAGAGCCGGACCCUGGAGAAGAGCCGGACCCCGGAUGGGGAGAGGCGGCUGAAGGCCCCAAGGCGCUCCCUCAGGGAGGGCAAGUCCCAGUCCCUCAUCCUGCUGACGGGCCUGGAGGAGGGCGCUGUCGCCCACGCCAAGAAACACGCAUCUGAGUCCACACCCAGCUUUGAACAGCGCCUUCACAUCAUGCUCCACCGCAUGGGCGUGGCCAAAACACCACCUGCAGACACCAAAACCAGCCAGAACAAAGAUGAAGAACUGAGGAAAGCCAACUCUGAGGGUGCAAUUCUUGACAAAAAAACUGAGCCCCCGCCCACAUUCAUAAAGCCUCGCACUAUGUCCACAUCAGCUUCAGACUCCAGACGGCCAAUCAUAACAGGUGUGACGCCUCUGGAUACCCUCCGAACAGACAGACCCCUCCUCCCAGGGCGGCCCAUUGGGCCCCUUCCUCCAAAGCCGGUAGUGGCAGCCAAACCCCCUCUUCCAGCCCCCCAGCUGCACCCUGCUGCCCCCAAGAUGUCCCCGGUCGUCCUCCGACAGUCCAGCACAGUCCCAGAGACCCAGCCAGCAGAGCCCUCCCAGACCCAGGACAGGGGACCCCCAAGCCCCUCCCCUUACAAAGAGAAUCUGUCUUCCCCAUCGCCACGCAGGGGUCCCAUCUCAGUGGAGAGCCGGGUGCGCACUGGGAAAGCACAAUCAGUCACUGAAGAGAGCCUUCCUAAACCCCGCCCCCGCAUGAAGCCCUCUCCCCAGCGGAGAGCUGUCUCCGUCUAUGAAGACUCCCUUCUCCGGGAGCAUGCAGCUCUGCUGGACCAGGAAGAGCUGAAGGUGGCAUUGCCACGGUUGCAGAGGUCACCGGUCUGGAAACGCAGCAACAAAGGCGAGCUCUCUACUUGUUGUGAGGACCAGCUUCAGCGGGACCAGGCAGAUGAAGUGGGGGAGGACAAGGACAGGACCGGAGAGGGUGAGGGGACGAACAGCCGGCCAGUAACGGAGGACCAGCCGCGGCCAAGCCUAGUGGGAGCCAGUCAGGGAGUGGGCAUGGCAGAGAAGAAGGGGUGGAUGGUCUCACAGCAGCACACAGCGCAGGCAGAAACAUCAGACCAAAGAACUGAACCCCCGUUACCAGAGAGGCACAUGGACUGACCUGCACAGAGUCUAUUUUCUAUCAUGUCUACCUUUGCCUUGCACGCCAUAUUAUGUACAAAAACAACGAAUUAUGAACAAAAGGUUUUAAAAAGAGUGUAAAAACAUACCUAUACUUGUUAAUAAUUAUUAAAAAGUUGAUUCUGAAGUGACACCAAGUGCACUGUCUUCAUCACAAAUUUAGAUUAGCUAAAAUUCUAAAUAAUAAACCUUGAUUUAUUCAUUAUUAAAGGUAUAGCAUCUUCCCUGUGAAAUGCAAGGAAAAUAUGAAAAACAGGGAGAUGGCAAUUUCAGCUCAUUUGUAAUCAAGUUGGAUUUUUCAUGACCAUAUAAAGCAGUAGCCUGUCUCAUAAGCUUUGUUUAUAGGUGGCGCUGAUGUUCAUAUUUUGUUCUGAUCUUGUUCACGUUCCGGUUGUUCCCACAAGUGUAGACGAUUAAAAUAUGAAUAAUUAUCCAAUGGCCAUUAGAUCUCAUAAAAAGACAAGAUCAGGUCGAGAUCAACACAAACGAUGCAUGCUAGUGGCAGGUAUUAGCAGGCCUAAGGUGAAUGCAAGGAAUACAGAGUGCAGCCUGUCCAGUGGCCUCCAACACAGCCAGUCAUCUGUGUGUAAUGUAGUUUCUCCACGGUAACGCCACAUUGAUAUCUCAAACCGCCACUGAGCCGUGCUGUUGCUGGGAGAUGGCUGCUGGAGCCUUCACAGGAGUGCCGUCUGUGUGGAGGCAGGAGAUGAAGAAUCCAUCUGUGAGGGUGGGCCUGAACACACUAGCCAGACGCCA